CUUUCCUUUCCUGACUCCUCUCCCCUCAUCUUAGAACAGCAUCAACAAUCAUGUCAGAAGAUACCCAGCUACAGCGCAAGGCUCCCGGAAGGGAUGCAGCUCCUAUCAAGCAUCACCCUAUGUCGCUGCAGUACAUUCGUCUGCGACUCUCUGCCGCUUUGAUUCGCGGAGCUCUCGGAUUGGGCAUGUUUCUAGCCCAAUACAUUCUGCAGGGCGUCCCAUCCGACGUGACCGUGACGCACACCACCUUUCCCUCGCGCGACAAGAAUCGCAAGCUACGCGUGCACAUCUACCAACCCAAAUCUCUCACCAAGAGCUCAUCACCACCUCCCAUUCACGUCAAUUUCCAUGGAUCAGGCUUCAUGAUCCCAUCACUAGGUUCGGAUCGUCAAUUCUGCGGCGACCUUGCCUCCCGGUUGGGGUGCGUAGUACUGGACUGCGAUUAUCGCAAAGCGCCCGAGUGGCCAUGGCCUGCGGCCGUACAGGACGCGGAGGAUGCCAUCCUUUACGCCCUCUCCCAGUCUGGGCGAUGGGACACUAGACGAUGUACAGUGGGUGGAUUCUCCGCAGGGGGCAAUCUGGCGCUGUGCGCUUCUACGCUGCAUGGUAAAGACCUCUGCGGUGUACUGGCCUUCUACCCUCCUACGAACUUGAGCGUCGACAGGGAGCUGAAGGCACCUCCGCCUGAAAAGCAUAGCGGGGCUAUCCCACUAGGGGUGGCGAAGAUGUUCGACCAGUCUUACAUUCUGAGCGUGGGCGUGGAUAGGACCCACCCGCUCGUUAGCCCCGUCAAGGCGGACCCGGGCAGCUUUCCUCCCCUGGUUUGGCUGACCUGCGCAAGAGGUGAUACGCUGUACAGGGAUGGCAAGGCCUUGAUUGAGAAGCUCAAGGGGACGCCAGAAGGGCAGGGCCCGAGCGAUCUCUACUUCCACGAUGUGAGUGGAGAGGGACACGCGUUCGAUAAGGCUGCAAGGAAGGGGACAGCGAGGGACGCGAAGCGUGAGGAGAGCUACAAGCUUGCACUCGAGGCUGUGCAGAGGGCGUGGAAGCUUGGUCCUGGAGGAAGGGGCGCUGAUGCUGCUAGACUGUGAUAGGCGCGUGGGAAAGAUGGUCGCUCGGACGGGUAGCUUGAGCCUCGAUAAUAUCCCCUUCAAUUAGAAGCAUUCGACGAUGAGCGUGCGGUCUUGCCACAGCCACUGCAGUCUGAUAGUCAAGUAACG